AUGGCUCGUCAAACCCGUUCCUCUCUCCGUGGUCGACAAUCCCUUGCAUCUGCCAACACCCCCUCCAUGUCUACUACAAAAGGCACAUCUCUUUCCAAAAGAUCCACAACGAUUCCAGACUCGGACCAGGAUUCCAGUGACCGAGAUCAAGUACCAUCAAUCGCCACCACCAGGACCAGAGCAAAGUCUGAAGUUGAAGUCGUCAUUCCAGUCAUGUCUUCCCGCGCAAAGGCAGCUCUUCGCUCCAACAGCCCGUCAUCGCUGUCCUCGGCUGACAGUCGUGAUGCUCAACCAAUCGAUACCCCUGCAACCAGUGCCGGUGUUACUCCAGAACCCCUGGCUCGUGGCCGUAUGGGUGGCAAGAGGAAGAGAGAUACAGACGAUGAUGAUGCUGCACUUGCUAGACAACUGCAAGCCGAAGAAUGGGCUGAGAUUGCACAACCAUUCAAGAAGAUCAAGGCUGAGCCUUCCAACAUCAAGACUGAACCCAUGUCGAGAUCGAGGAGAUCAUAUGUUACAGUGAUCGACGACUCGGAUGGGGAAGACAUGAGUGACCUCUCGUCUGCUGUUUCCUUCAAGACUGAAGAAUUCGACGAAGAAUCCACUUUCAAGAAACCCAAGGGAAAGGCUCCCCGGAUGGCGAUCGCAGACACAGACGAUGAGGACAAGCCUCUGAAGUACAAAUCACGCCUGUCCCAAGCACGUGCUGGCAAGAAGGCAGUCAUGCCUAAGCAACGAAACACGGUCGUCAUUCCUGAUAGUGACAGCGAAUUAUCGACCUUCUCGGAAAUCGAGGCAAACAUGGUGACUGAAGAUGAGUUCCGCUCUGAAGACGCUCUGUCAGGCGCUGCCGAAACUUCAGAUGACGACGAGGAUGAUCAACCACUGGCUUUGACGAACAUUCGCCGCAGACGUGGCCAGGCUAACUUCCAGGGCCGCGAUAUUGGUGCCGAAAUCAAGAAGAUGAGAUUGUCCAGAAAAGACCGUGAGAGACUGAAGUUGGAGAAGGCACAUCCUCAAAUCAAGACUAUGUGGCAGGAUCUUGAGGCCAUCCCUAUUAUCAAGGGGAGUCGCUGGCGUGUUGACUGGAUGAUCAAACAGGAACAGUCAAACUACAAGGGGGGUCUGCUCGGAGAUGAGAUGGGCAUGGGAAAGACAAUCCAAGCUGUCUCUCUCAUCAUGUCCGAUUAUCCUCAGAAACAGCCCACACUGGUCCUGGUUCCUCCGGUCGCUCUGAUGCAAUGGUCUCAGGAGAUUGGCGAGUAUACCGAUGGAAAGCUCAAGGUCCUCGUAUACCACGGCACUAAUGCGAAGUCCAAGAACAUGACGGUGACUGAGCUCAAGAAGUACGAUGUUAUCAUGAUCUCGUACAACAACCUCGUCAAGGAGGCGUCGCCUAUUCACGCCCUGACUUACCAUCGCUUAAUCCUGGAUGAGGCACACAGCAUCAAGACCAGAACAACUCAAGUCGCCAAAGCCUGCUUCGCUCUCAAAGGCAAAUACAAGUGGUGCUUGUCGGGAACUCCUGUUCAAAACCGUAUCGGCGAGUUCUUCUCCCUGCUUCGCUUCCUGGAGGUCCGACCUUUCGCAGACUACUUCUGCAAGAAGUGUCCCUGCUCACUUCUGCACUGGUCUUUGGAUUCUCAGCACAUGUGUACGGAGUGCAAGCACACCGGCAUGGAGCACGUUUCCGUCUUCAACCAGGAGUUGCUCAACCCGAUCACUCAGUCCGAGGAUUCUCAGGCGCGCUCAGAGGCCAUGGAUAAGUUGUUCCUCAUCACAUCUCGCAUCAUGCUCCGUCGCAUGAAGCGUGAUUAUGUCAGCUCUAUGGAGUUGCCACCCAAGGAGGUCAUUGUGCACAAUGAGUUCUUUGGAGAUAUUGAGCGCGACUUCUCUCAGAGCAUCAUGUCGAACACUGCUCGCCAGUUCGACACAUACGUCUCGCGUGGUGUCAUGUUGAACAACUACGCCAACAUCUUUGGUCUCAUCAUGCAGAUGCGCCAGGUGUCCAACCACCCAGACUUGAUUCUGAAGAGGAAAGCCGCCGAAGGCAUGAAUGUUCUGGUCUGCAACAUCUGCGACGAGCCUGCUGAAGAGCCUAUUCGAUCCAAAUGCAAGCAUGAUUUCUGCAGAAGCUGUGUGAAGAACUACGCUCAGUCUGUCGAGGAGGAUGCUGGUGACGUCGAUUGUCCUCGCUGCCACAUUCCGCUUUCGAUUGACUUCGAUAUGCCUGAGCUUGAGCAGAACGAGGAGGACGUCAAGAAGAACUCGAUCAUCAACCGCAUCAAGAUGGAGAACUGGACUUCGUCGACCAAGAUUGAGAUGCUUGUCUACGACCUGUACAAGCUCCGCAGCAAGAAGCAGACUCUCAAGUCGAUUGUCUUCUCGCAGUUCACGUCCAUGUUGCAGCUCAUCGAGUGGCGUCUUCGUCGCGCUGGUUUCAACACUGUUAUGCUCGACGGCAGCAUGACUCCUCAGCAGCGCCAGAAGUCGAUCGAGCAUUUCAUGACGGAUCCCGAUGUCGAGGUGUUCCUUGUGUCUCUCAAAGCUGGAGGUGUCGCUCUCAACCUCACUGAAGCUUCGCGUGUCUUCAUUGUCGACCCUUGGUGGAACCCCGCCGCUGAGUGGCAAAGCGCAGACCGCUGCCACCGCAUUGGACAGAGACGUCCUUGUGUCAUCACUCGACUGUGCAUCGAAGACUCGGUCGAGUCGCGUAUUGUCAUGUUGCAGGAGAAGAAGGCAAACAUGAUCAACGGCACAAUCAACAAUGACAGGGUGGCCAUGGAGAAGCUCACGCCUGAAGACAUGCAGUUCUUGUUCCGCGGCAAUUAG